AGCGUAAUCAUACUUUUUUUAGGUACUCUUAAAUAAUAAUAAUAAUAAUAAUAAUAAUAAUAAUAAUAAUAAUAAUAAUAAACACCUUGUGAGAUGAAUGAAAUACAUCUUUUGGGUAUUGUUUGUACUGAUUGUCGUCUUUCAAAUAACAGAACCGGGUCUUAUUCCCGUCCGCUGCAUCCCGCUUUCCAGCUUCACACAGACCGAUCCGUAGCGGCGUUUGCCUGCAUUUGUUAUAAAUGAAAGUACUGCACAAUCAUAGAAGUCUAUAGCGUGAAACCAGUGCAGAAGCUGGAGAAUGAAUAAUUCCUGAAGCACCGCAUGCAAUUUGCUGAACCGCAAAGCCAUCCGCAGAUAAACAAGGCGUUCAAGCAAGUGGCAAUCCUGCACCGGAGCGUUAUCAGAGAUUGUUUGAUCUGGAAACCAUUACAGUGACCUGAACCCCAGCUGUGGAGUCCGUGGCUUGUGGCCGAUAUGCACCCAUUGAUUCAUUGUACCAGGAACAGGGAAUGCUACAGAGGAACCAUUUCCUUCAGGUUAAUGAUUUUCCCGACCUGCUGAUAAAGAAAUUGCACACAGCUCUGGUAUUGUGCACAUGAACUAGGUCCAAUCAAUGUGUUUUAAGUGCACCACAACCAUACAAUUGGGAAAUGUAGAAAAAUAUUGAUUUUUUUUUUUUUUCUCACACCGGAUAUUGAAGACUUUUCCAAUGUAACUGUUGUAAGCGGCACAGACAGACACCCACUACACUGCAGUUUAACCCAUUUUGGGGGUUGCUUCUUGGGAGUUGAAUUAGACACAUCUGAGCUUGUUACCUAUGCACUGUGGCCAAGCUCAUAGUAAAACCUGGAAUGGAUCACACUGCUAUGCAAUGAGAGUCCAAGCACAUUUCUGCAAGGGUAACUUUUUUCAAUAACCCUACAGUGGAAUCAUUUAAAUGGGGUGAUCUGGAGGACAGAACCAUUUGCAUUGCAGGCCACUUGCUGAGUGAAAAUAUCUUUUCUUUCCAUGCUGAAAUUCAGUUGGCACUCAUUCCUCUUGUCGUCCGGUCUUGUCUUUAAUCAUUAAUGUAUUCCCUAGCAACAGGAGACAUACUGGUCACAAUACUGCAAGCGAAGCAUGGCAGGGGAGACAGAGUUCUGCAACAGACUGACUUUGCAAAAGAGCAGCUAAGGAGAAAAACACAACACCACCAGUAACCUCUGGCAGCUCCAUUAAAUGUGAAACAAACUUCCACAGGAGACACAUAUCUUUCACUUGAUACGAGGUAGACAGGCAGGAAAAAAACACUCCUGGUAAAUGCUAAUUGUCUAGGUCUACUCCUGGGCAAGCUGCCUGUAAAGGGUUAUUCCUGUGUAGCAUGGGACAGUCAUUUAUUUAUGAAGUGCUUUGUGCGAGUUCAGUGUUUGCAGUUCAAAGGUGGCGGCGCUCUCUCCCUCACUACACUACCUCUAGCAAGCGAGCUGCCUGUCUUAUCAGGGGAGGGGGUGCUGUGCAAGGCAGUAACGCUGUGCCCGGGACUGUGCCGGUACAAGCCUCCCCUCCUCUCCUGACCUCUGAUCCCAGAGCUGCAGAGGGGAAGCUGGUACCACCAGCCAGGGCCUGGAUCCCUAUCCAUCCUGUCCUUAUUUACACAGCCAUCUGCACAAAAACCCUGUCAAUUAUUAAUCACUCUCCCCAGAGGGAUUUAACAGCAGGCUGCUUCCAUUUCAGUGCGUCUACCAGACUGGCUUUUCAAACAGGGGCUCUGUCCAAGCCCAGCACUUCUAGGUUUGAUUACUGAAUGGGAGUAGAAACUUUUAUUCACUUUCUAAAUGAACACCGGACACACAAAGUAUGUCUGCGGAAAGUGUAACCAAGACCAGCGUUAAAAUGCAUUCAAUGGACUCAGGGCCAAACUCACCAAGGACCGCAGUGGAAAGACAGGACUCUAUCGGGGCCACAGGGGCGACCCCCCAGCCAGUCAGCGAGGAAUCUUUAAUACCCGAGACCAGUCCAUGCUCCACAGGAGUGUGCGGAGGAACGGAUCCUAUUCUGGGUCUAAAUUCCCACCCAAACGGUGCCGCAGAGAGUGGACAGCAAAACCCCUCCACCACAGGCGUGCAUGGGAUCCACAACCCAGGCUUCGUGGACGAGCCUCCCCCCUACACCCCGCCUGACCCAAAGACUGUUCACCUGCUCUACCCACCUUUCCAACCCCUGUUUCCAGGGCAGGAGCCCAUGGUGUGCCAGCCGGGACCAACAGAGCCUGUCUUCUACCAGCAACAGUUCAUCCCAUCAGCAAACUAUCCCUAUACUAUCUAUAUGAAUGGCCACCCCGCCGGUCCAGAGUCCCGGAGUGUUCCCAAGGACUACCUGGUGGAGUCAGUGCUGGUCAUGGUCUUCUGCUGCCUGAUGACUGGAGUCGUUGCUCUCGUGUACUCACAUGAGACCCGGACAGCCAUCAGCAGAGGGGAUUUUGCCCAGGCAGAGAGAGCCUCGUUGAAGGCGCGCUCCCUGGUCCUGUUCAGCCUGCUCUUCGGGGUCUUCAUCUCGGUGAGCUGGGUCAUCUACGUGGUGGUGGUGGUUCUCUCCGCAGUAUGAGGGCAGCCCUGGCCCUUGGGAAGUGUGUGCCCUUAACCAGAAGAGCUGGACACUAGCUGGUGCAAACUGAUGUGGACGAACUCUACCGCUGGUUCUGCAGCAGCAAUCAGACAGGAAAUGCUACUUUCUGACACACAUAAUACAAUCUAAUUUAAAUAUGAAUUAACUUUCCCGUCAGUAUUACCUGUAAAUUGCAAUGCUUGGUCAUCUUCCACGCAGGUCCUGCAUGCUUUAGCUGUGGACAGCAGCCCAGCUCUUUGUGAUUGCAUUGCUAGUGUGCUACUGGUGAGAUGCAGGAGAUGAACCCCACAUGAUUGGCUUCUAUACAUGCCAAUCAUUAGCAGGAAUCCCUGUCCCGAUUGGCUAACCAGUCUGCUGACUGACAUGAAUAAAAGCCAAUCUCUGAGAACCAUUCUUUUGAUUUGAAACAGAUCUGCAUUUUCCACCCACCUCUCUGCAUAUCCGAAGGCAUAUAAACCUUGGAGUAUAUACCAGGGUGUUUAUACAAUCAAGUAACACAGCUCUUCAUAAAAAUAACACACUGUUUUCUAUUUGAAACUGAAGUAAAAUGUUAUUUUGUAAUGUUAAAUACAGUACACACUAUAGUGCACUGUUAACCCUUAAGUCUUAUGGUGUUGAUUUUUUAUAUCAUAUAAAUAUAUGUAUGUGUGUGUGUGUGAUAUAUAUAUACACACACACACACACAGAGCAUCAAAAGAAACUUAUCACUUAUAUUUGGAUAAAAUUCACUAGAUGUGAUUGAAAAAUGACACACUCUGUUUUAGAUCAGGUACAGUGACUUUUUAUUGUGCUGAUUAACAACCGACAUCACGAAGAUGCUGCAAAAUGAUCUGUCGAUCUCGGGCAGGUGUUGUGACUCUUGGUCUCUCGGUUCGUGGGCUGUCAUUGACAGAGUGUGUCUGGUUAUACCGUCUUGCCAGGUUUGAAAUUGCUGGCUGUGAGCACCCAAGACGGCGAGCCACAGCACGCUGCCCUAGUCCAGCCUCCAACAUGCCGAUCGCACGAAGGCGCUGCUCUCUUGACAGACGUGGCAUAUUGUUUUUUUUUUCUGUGAUUUUCUUUAUUGCUUUUAUUCAAGCUUUAUUCAACAGCUGAAAUCACUCCAUAUCCAGUGUCAAAUCAACUCUCACUAAUUAGAUGAUUAAGUGCAUGUGCUUCAGUCAGCCAGUCAGUCAGUCAGUAAUGAUAGAGUGCUUAAAAAGAAACCAAAAACAUUUAGUCAAAGUCCAUCAUUUAUAUACCUUAUUUUAUUUCGAAAAUAAAUGUGUUAUAAUAGUGAUAAGUUUCUUUUGAUGCUCGGUAUAUAUUAUAUAUAUAUAUAUAUAUGCAUUGUAUAUCCCUGUGCAAGUCCAGUUUGAUGUGUUAUGAUCUAAUAAAGUACUGUAUACUGGAAUCACAACUCAACAUGAAUAGGAUUUGAGCAAUUGCAUUUCCUUUGCGUUGUUACCAGUUUCUCCUACAAAAAAAAUAAAUUGUUCUCUUAUUAUAAGAAUUUAAAUAACAGGCUUACAAAAUGACCUUUUACAGCCAACUUACCCGGAGGGACAGCAGAGUCCUGGCUAUCUUAACCACGUGUUGCAUGUGACCUGUAUGCAUGGGCGCUCACCUGGCGCUGUGGAAUUCGUUUGAUUUCUCCAUAAGGGGAUUCUGGGAUGGGGAGCUUUGCUAUCCAGUUCAUGAAGAAAUUAAAAUGUUCAGCCAUCUCUGUAUAGCUUUAAGAGGGUCAGGGUCAGACAGAAACGCACUAAGCUGCUGAAGUCACUGUGACUGAGCUCCUAUACAUCGUGUGUAGGGUGUCUUUCAUAGUUAGACAUCUUGCACAGUCUGGACAGCUCAAUCUGGAUGAAAUAAAUUAUAUUAUAAUAAAAAGAUCCCCUACACAUGGCAUAUUAACUUAUAAACCUACUGUAACUGCUAUUAAAACAUGAAAAGUGAACUUUAGAACCGUCAUAUCUUCUCUGCGCAGGAUGACACCUCUACACAGGAUAAGAUGCAGAAUUUUGACACGUCCCUAACUGUGGCUGGUUCGUUUCUCAGACGUGAUUGCCUAAUACCAAGUAUAAAAAGUGACUGUAAAGAUCCAGCAACCCCAAAGAGAUGAACUUCGCUGUCAGAGAGCCUAGGCCAGGUGUCGCCGGGACGUGUGAUUUAGUUUUGUGCGAUCAUGCUUAGAAACUUUACUCUGAAAUAAAACACAGGCUUCCAAUAAA